CUGGUUUCUGAUUGGCUCGCGGUCUCAACCAGGAAGUGCAAGCGACUGUGGAAUGUAAACAACACGUAAAGGAGAAUAUCGGGUGUAAACGAGCGGUUUUCACGGGUUUAUUCAACCCUCAGCUAUAAACUAAGCUUCUAAACCUGUAGUAGCAUCCAUCGGUGUGGUAACUAGUAAGUUGUAUCAGUCAUUUUGGCUGUUUAACUGGGAUUUGUUCGAGCAGCUUCCCCACAGAUGCUCAACAUGUUGGAAGCGGCUGCAGAGCAAAUGGUGGUUCACAGAGAUUUCCAGGCAGCGUUUGACACAUGUGACCGAAGUCUGCAGAGUCUCUGCGGCCCGGAGGCAGAGGACAGCCGGUCCGCAGAGUUCAAGGCUGGUUUCUGCACUAUAGGGAUCCAAGCCCUGGCUGAGCUCAACCAGUGGCCCGGUGUCCUCCCCUGGGUCCUCCAGCAGUAUGAGCUCCAGGAGAAGAUACCUGCGAAGAUCAUGCAGAUGUGCAUACUUCUUUACUCGAAGGUGGGGGAGCCUGCUGUGAUGCAGGAGGCAGCCAGAGUUUGGUUACACUGUCCGUCCAACAGCAAAGCGUCGGGGUUCGGGACAGUCGCAGAACUGCACCUGCUGCAUGUCCUCGUCCCUCUCGGACGCACGGACGAGGCUCGGGAGUUGAUCGUCGGCGAGGUUGGGGGAAGGGCGUUCACGGAAGACCAGAGACGGACGGCGCUGGAUGUUGUAGAUGAAAGAGAGCAACAGAAUCUAGAGCCGCCUCUAAAUCCUGGUGGCAGCCCUAACUCUGCACAUAGUGUCUCAAAUAAAGGUGCUGUCAUCCAUAAACUCAAAGCCAUGCUCCGUUUUUUAUACAAAAAACUUUUUAUGACCGGCUCUGGCUCAUUCUCUCUGCAGAGAAUCUUUCUGGCAGCCGUCCUUCUCUACAUGCUCUUACUUCGAAUGGAUCCAGCUCUCCCGUCAUCAUUCCUGUGGAUUUCCAAACUUCUUGAGCUGCUCAAACAGAUGUGGAGCACCAUGGUUGCACCGUACUACCAUUCUCUCACUCAGAGCAAAGCACUAUUUACCCAAAACUUGGUGGAAGGAUGAGACAAGGGCCAAGAAAGAAGUCAGGACAUGUUGGCCUGUAUCUGGGCACAGAGGCACUUUUCACUUUCUUUAACGUUGCGAGAUAGGGUGUUUUUGACAUUCUCACCAGCUUCCAAGAGAAUAAUUCAUGAAUCUUGAUGAAAUAAAAUACAUUUAGAAUAUUUAUGAAUGUGAGCAGUGUGGUGAAUUGAAUUUAAUGGGACUGUUGGGCAUUGGCGUCAUCCUACCUAUGAAAACCAUCAGUCAUAUCAACAACCAGAGAAAAGCAUUUCCCGUGUAUGUUUGUUAAUUUUUUGUUAGAAACCUCAGACUUUUUUAUUGCUGCCACUAACACAUAUUUUCACAUGAAGACUAAUCCCUCUUGAUCAAUAACUUUAUUUAACCAGUACGAUUAGUCCCAGAUUUUACAGGAGCAGCAGUACCUACAUCACUUAUAACUCAGUUAUAAAGAAAUAACAAAGGAGUAAUAAUGGAUCAACAAUGUGAUCAGAAUGUCAAUGGAAGACAUACAAAUUAUGGGUGACAAAAUAUGACAAUGAAUAUGUGCAAUAAAUAUAUACAUAUA